CCAGGCCGGAAGAAGAUCGUGGCCAUUGAAGGUGAUAGUGCCUUCGGCUUCUCUGCGGUGGAAGUCGAAAGCAUGGCACGAUUCCAGAUGGACGUCUUGAUCUUUGUGAUGAAUAACAGUGGUUUAUAUCGAGGAGACACAGAUUCAGCCGAGAAAUAUGCUGAACGCCAAAGAAAUACUGUUGCUGGAACCACUACCGAGGGCAAAGGUCUUACAGCUUGAUCUCUCGGAUACCAAACUAAUUAUCACAAGAUUGCCAAAAUGGCUGGUGGUAUAGGAACUGAGGCUCGCACACCCGACGAAUUGAAAGAAGCUACAAAGAUAGGCUUCGAGGCUCGAGUACCUGUGGUGGUCAAUGUCAUUAUUGAUCCUCAGUCUGAUUUGCCCAUGGACUUUUCAUGGCUUGAUAUGGUCCCCCCAACACAAAAGAAGCCCAAAAUGUGA